AUGUUUGAUUCUGAGAAACAACCAUUGUUGGAAAGAAGUAGGAGGAUCGAAGAAGAAAAUGAAAUUUCAACCCAUUCACUAAAAUACCCAUCAUUUUUAAAAUCAUUAAUUGUCUUUCCAUUUCAAAAUUGUCUACCGAUCAGUACCGCUUCAUCCCAAGAAUCAUUAGGUAUUGAAACCAUUCCUGUUAAAGAUGAUGAUAUCGAUGAGUCUAUUGAUUACUCGGAUGAUGAUAAAGAGUUGCCAGAUUUGCCAUAUAUCAAAAACCCAGUCACUAUUAAAGGUUCAAGAUUUAGCUCCCACGAGAAGUUACAAGAGAUAAGAAAAUUGAUGGUAAAACAUGAUAUUGGAGUUUAUAUAAUACCGUCUGAAGAUGAACAUAUAUCUGAAAAUACAGCGUUGGCCGAUAAAAGAAGGGAAUAUAUAUCAGGUUUUACUGGAAGUGCGGGAGUUGCAAUAAUAACAGUUACGGAUGAAGAUUCAUUAUCAGGUGAAGCAAUAUUAUCGACUGAUGGAAGAUAUUUUUUGCAGGCUCAAAAUCAGUUGGAUUUAAAACUAUGGAAAUUAAACAAACAAGGUGUAAUAGGUUAUACAAAUUGGACUCAACUUACAAUAAAUUUGGCUACCAAAAACAGUUUUAGUAAAACCAUUUCAUGUGAUCCACGAACAUUAAGUUUAUCAUUAGGUAAAUUUUUCAAAGAAAAAGAAACUUAUUUUGAUUUCAAGUUUCUCCCUACAAUAGAAUUUAAUUUAGUUGAUAAAGUCUGGGGCGACGAAAAACCGAAGAGAUCUUUGGAACCUGUUUAUCUCCUAAAUUUGAAUUAUAGUGGUGAGCAUACUAAUCAUAAAUUAAAAAGAAUUCGUGAAAUAAUGGAAGAAAAAAAUGCAACACAUUAUGUUGUGACCGAGUUAGAUAGCAUAGCUUGGUUGUUCAAUUUGAGAUCGGAUUUUGACAUUCCUUUCGCACCAGUUUUUUUUGCUUAUACUAUUAUCACCUUGUCUUCUGUUGAGUUAUUUAUUAAUAAAAAGAAGAUUGAUAAAGGGGAUCAAGAACUAAAAGAUUAUAUAUCAACAAUUGAAGGUUUGAUUAUAAAUGAUUACGACGAAUUUUACAAUAGUACGAGUAAAUUAAAAGGAACCAUCUUCGAUAGUAACUUAAUGAUCAUAUUACCGGAUGCUUCUGCAUCAACUUUAGCACUAUAUGAUUCUAUUCCUGAAUCAUUUAGUAAAAGAAAAAUUCAUCAUGAAUCCAUUAUAGCUAAAUUGAAGUUAUAUAAAAACAAAACAGAAUCGUUUAAUGCCAAAAUAGCUCAGUAUAAAGAUUCGUUGGCGUUUGUGUUGUUAAUAUCUUGGUUGGAACACCAAUUGUUAAGAAAAAAGAAAAAAAUCUCAGAGUAUGAUGCUGCUUGUAAAAUAUUUGGUAUUAGGGAAAAAUUACCAAAUUUUAAAGGCUUGAGUUAUGAAUGCAUUUCACUGUCUGGUGCAAAUGCGGCUAUUAUUCAUUAUUCGCCAACAAAAGAAGAAAAUUCUAUUAUUGAUCCUAAAAAACCUUACUUGUUAGAUGCUGGAGCUCAUUAUUUAGAAGGAACAACUGAUAUUACUAGAACUUAUUUUUUUGAUAACUCAGCCAUAACAAAAGAAAACAAAAAACAUUACACUUUGGUAUUGAAAGGUCAUUUAGCAGUAGCCAUGGCUAAAUUUCCUGCAAACUCAAAAGGAACAGGCGUGGUAUUAGAUUCUUAUGCUAGACAACCUUUGUGGAAUCAUGGAUUAGAUUUUAAUCAUGGGGUUGGACAUGGAAUUGGAAGUUUUGGAGUAGUACAUGAAGGUCCGAUCUCUAUAUCAUCAACUGCAGGUGGUCCUGACAAAUCGGAUUUAUUUAAAUCAGGAGCAAUUAUCACGGAUGAACCUGGUUACUAUAUUGAUGGUGAAUGUGGAUAUAGAGUUGAGAGUGAAAUUGAAGUGAUUGAAUGUGAUGAGUCUUUUGGAAAGACUAAAAACGGUGGAAAUUUUUUGGGUUUUGAGUAUUUGACUAAGGUUCCAUUUUGCCUAAAUUUGGUUGACACUACCUACUUGUCGGAGAUCGAAAUUAAAUGGAUUAACGAAUAUCACGAAAGUAUAAGAGAAGAUUUUGCAGACAAAUUGUUGAAAUUAAACAAUAAAAGAGCCUAUCGCUGGUUAAUGAGAGAAACCAGUCCAAUAGAGAUCUGA